AUGCGGGAAAUUCCAGUCGACCACGAUGGACCCAAGUCGCGCCACGCCGUUGGUGGCGAGUGCGUCUGCACCAGAUCCACAAGCACUAAUGGCAGCAUACCCAUUUGCAUCUUCUACACCAUCAGCUCAUGUUUCGCGCCAUCUGAGUACCCUAAGCAGCGUGUCUUCGAUCCCCUCGUUUAUGAUGCACGGUCAGCAGCACUAUCAACAGAUCCUGAAGUAAGGCAAUACGCGGCACGUGCGUUAGAAAUGGAAGUACAACAGAGCGCCUAUCACGGAUACGCUCCUCCAACACAGUGGAGUCAGUCUCAAUAUACUGCUCCAGUAGAAUCUUACUCGCAGUACUCUCAUGGAGGAAACUACGGCCAUGGUCAAUCGACCUCGAUUCAACAACAGUACGGGUACCAACAGGGCUCGCGUCCGGGGUUCAGUGUUCAAAGCCAGACCUCUCAGUAUCAGACAUUAUCUUCUCAAACUUCUCACCAGGUCUCUCAAACUCAUGGAUACCCCUCAGAGAUCCGUGCUAUGCCUCAUCCAUCGAUGGAACAAUCUACUUUGGAUGCUCGGGCCAAUUCAAAGCCUUAUUCUCAGACUUAUUCUGCUCAGCAAUAUGGAAUUGAUCAGUCUUCAACGGGUUCAGUCUCUUCAGGCUCCAAUGAGCGGCACGACGUGAACCGCCUACAGUAUCAAAACCACCACGGUUCUAAUCCACGCCACCGACAAGCCUCAUACCCGACUUCAGAUGCAGCGACGUAUGUCAAUCGCCCAAGCUAUCCGUCUCAAUCGAGUGCUAUCAUGUCAUAUAAUCAUCAAGGGAUUACGUCGUACUCUCAACCUCAGUCGUCGACUGCCUCUUACCCUUCUCAGCCUCAGCCAAGUUCUGUUUCUCAAUCACGGACGACUCAGCCCGAUUCAUACGCCUCGGCCUUUCUGGCACCUCUUGCGUCUCAUCAGUUUGCUCCUCGGUUAUCUCAAUCGGUUUCUACGCUCCCGAGACAUAGCUCGGACUCUCGUGCUGUAUAUUCAACCAAUUCUCGGUCCGUGUAUUCCGAAGGAGCUCGUCCCGUAUACUCUGCCGAUGGUCGGUAUCUGUAUUCAGCCGACGCGCAAGGUAAUCCUACCACCAGCCAGAAGCCUCCCUCGAGCAGUUCGCAGAUUCCAAUUACACAACAGCCUUAUUCUUCUCAACCCUUGCAGCGCAACUCUCUUAGUCAACAGCAAACUGCGUUUCAAACCAAUACGAACCCGGGACGCGGUCACUCUGAGGAAGCAGGUUCGUCCAAUGAUACGAGAGUGCAGACAGUUUAUGGAUAUGCUCCUCGCUCUCAAUCAGGGAAGCGGCAUUAUCAGGAGCAGUAUGAAUACCAUAACCAACUACAGGCCCCGCACUCGAAUCAAGUCAAACAAGAUAUGCAUUCGGAUAAUCACCAUGUUGGAAAUCGCCAGGCGCAUGGUACACGUCGUCAACCGGAGGGACGCUGGGGCACCAAUUCGUCUGAGCUUGACACCCAUAAUCACAGUCCUGGCUCGUUCACCCAUCACUCUCACCAGAGACCAGAACAGCCUGACUCGGCUACUCAUUACACGGCAUCGCAGGGCCAGCCCGUUCAAUCGUUAUCCACGUCGCAAGUGCCAGAUGAGCAAUUAUCUGAGGGUACUUAUGCUGCUCAACCUCAUAUACAAAAUAAUGCUAGCCAUUCUGCUCAAAAUUCUGAUGGCCCUCAUACUCAGCCUUACUCUUCAUAUCGCUAUUCUGAGGCACAUGCGCGAAGUCACGUCAAACCAGUGUCAGAACAUCCUCCAGCUCACACGAUUCCGGUGCAGCAAACAAAUAACGUUGCGCCUGAACAACAACCCGGAGUUCAAACGUCGCAAUCUUCGCAAGCUGAAAUGCAGACAGCCCAGCCAACUGGACUUUCUACACAAACACAGACUUACCAUCGGGAUGUCUAUGCACCGCUUGCAGGACGACCCCUUCGAGGAAGGGGUGUCGGGCGGCCCCUUUAUAAUGGUCCUCCCCGGGUAUUGCAAGGUGGUCCCCAACGGAUCCUAUCCAUACCUCAGCCUACUCAAUUGCCUCAGCCACACCCUCGACAGCAACAGGGUGCUUACCGCCCCCCUGUGCGCCAGUCAUCUAAUGCGUCAGGUCGUCAGGUUAUCAGGACCCCAAGCUUUAGUCCAGUAUAUGGAGAGAUUCAGCAACUCAGAAGUGUUCCAGAUCCCAUUCCAGGCGGGCCAAACAGUAAUAUCUCUUCCGACACUGCCCAAGAGACACCCGGCACAGCAGAGCCCAGCUAUACCGAGGCCAGCGGUGACUGUUCAAUGGAGGACGCCAACGCAACCGCACGACUGCCCGAAACCGGGGCCACAAACGAACUCCAGGUUAUAAUCCAGGAAACAACUACCAGUCACCCCAAUACGCCACCACCUCCGUAUGAACCUCUGGCAAAGGAUCGUGCCAGACUACACAGCGGGAGUGUUCCGGAACAAGCGAGUGGACAGGGGGUUAUCGGAUACGCUACUCAGUUACAGCAGCUUCCAUUGCGAUCUCAGCAGUCCACUCCUCAACCUCCAUCAGAGCGCUCACAGGUCACAGGAAUUCCGCAGGUUACCUUCCAGCAUACCAUUACUCGUCCCCAGCCCGCACGCAAUCAAACUCUACAUAAACAUAGUGCCGAGGAUUCUGCGGCUCAUUUCGAUGCAUUUUUAUCGGCUGGCGCGAGCACCAGUGCUAGCCAACCAAAGCCAAAUUCGACAGCUCCGAUAGCCCCAAUACAGGAAACAACAGGAGCCCGGCGCCCAACCCCUCCAGUUAGAACCCCAUCCGCUUCAAAUGCAUCAUCUACCCGGCCGCGAUUAUCUCCCGUUGUCGAACUCACCCAACGUUCAUCUUUUAUUACUCCGCGCAAGGAUAAGCAAUGGCGUGAACCUAUAAGGGAUGCCACCACGGAUACUCCUAAACGGCUGGACGCGUCCAGUCCAGAUUCGCUGUCUCUUUCGCCGAUGAAGCGCAAGCGUGACCCGAACGUAGACGUUGGCUCCAAGACUAUGAAGCGUAUGAUGUCUAUGUCAAUUCAACCUCCGCAAACGCCUGGUGCUUUGGGUCGUACAUAUGAUGCUACUAUGCGGACCCCAGGCACUAGUAAAAUGAAGUUGGUUGUCGAAUUGCCGCUUCGAAAGCCUGCCAAUGGCUUAUCGCCUGAGCACUCGCACAUAGGCACGAGUGCACAGAAACGGGAUCCUCAUAUCGAAAAGCUGCGCUCUUUGAUCGAUGAUAUUAUUGAAGCGGAGGACGCACUUGAUCCUGAAAUUGCUGCCGAAAGCGGGAAUACGAACGAUUGGUUCUCCACUAAGACGAGCGACUGGCAUGCCCCGCUUCUUGCUCCUAGCGUGAUGGCAAGAUUAACGCAAUUGGCUGGACGCCGUGGUACCCGAUUAAGCGACGUGGAUUCUACUAACCUGACUCGUAUUUUGAAGCUUCUCGGGCGUAGCAUUGUCAAGGGUGAAGAUAUGGACCCAUUUAAUUCGUCUAUUGGAACUACGGCCCCUGGUAGCGCCGUCAAACCUAAGGCCAAGGGCAAGAAGAAGGCCAAAGGUAGCGCAGAAGAAGACACGGAGAUAGAGGAGUGCAAGGAGGAUGUCGAGUUGACUGAAGGAGAUUUUGAAAGACUGGGCAGAGCAUUAGAGGUCGCGAAAGAGGCUGUUAUUGCAGCGGAUUGUGUGCUCGCAUUCCUAAGUACUGAGAAGUUGCCAAAACAGUUAUAUUCCGAAGAUCUGAUCAAUAGCUGUCUUAGCCUGGUCAAAUCCCAGCUAUCCAGUAUUAUCUAUCCGUACGUUGAGACCUCGAGCGAUGUGCACGGCCACAGUCCCCCCCUCUUGUUAUACGUUGCGCAAGGUACUUCUGACCUCGCUGUUCAGCAUCGAAAAUUACUUGGAGAUAUAUUCCAAACCCUCAACGCCGUGCUACCACGUAUUACGGCGUUGGCCAAUCACGGUAUUUCCGAAACGAUGGUCAUACAGGCUGUCUUUAUUGGGAUCGGGCCAUUUUUCGUUGUAGAAGUGGUUUCUGAAAGAGCCUCGAAAGCCGACAAGAAGAAUGGCAAUCGCAUUCAAGUUCUUGAUGUCCUUGGGGGUCCUACCUCUAUGCGCGGCUUACGUCUCACAGCACUCGGGCUCGUUCGUGCACUUUUCGCUGCAUACGAAUCUCAGCGACCCUGGAUCGUGGAGGAAAUUCUCGGCUCCUUAAUCAAGUUACCUGACAUGAAGCUUAAGGCUGGGCAAUUCAAGUUGCGGGAUGGGGCAACAAUUCACGUUGUGUCAGCACUACUCUUCCAACUAGUACAGACCUCUGCACACGACGUGCGCAUACAUGCUCAAAAAUUGGCGAGAAAGCGGCGUGAAGCUAUCGCCGAUGCCAAAACGACCACUUUUGUUGAAGGCGGCAAGGUACCUCUACUGGAUGAACAUGACCGUGAAGAAAUACAUCUAUAUUUGAAUGGACUCGAAUCGGCAACCAAAACAGCCAGGACAAUCGUCCUAUUCUUGACGCAACGAUCUGGCAAGAAUAAAAAUACGAAGUCGACGAACGAAGCUGAAUACCGUAGUAUAUUCGACAACUUGAUUCAGGAUAUUCUGGUUGUGCUAAACUGGCCCGAAUGGCCGGCGGCCAAUUUACUCAUGAGUAUUGUCUGCAAGUUCAUGCUAUCUUCUCUCGAAGAUGUAAAGUCUUCGUCGGAUACCGCAGCCAAAAAUAUGGCGCUGGACCACUUGGGUGAAAUUGCAACCCGAUUACGAGAGACGCAUUUGACCAUGCAGCUACCCUUUGAGACAGUCGUAAAACCUUUGGAAGAGAUCGUGGCUAAUUGCGAUCUGAAAGCAUUAGAUGAUCUAAUCCUUGCUCAUUCAGAUGUGUAUGCCCACCUGACAAAACGUUCCUCGGAUGAUCAGGCAUACGAUAGUGCCCGUGAGUUGACUGCCGCUACAUGGGCGCAAGAACUUGCAUCUUGCCUACGCCAAUGCGAUUCAAUUCUUUCCAAGACGGAGGGUGAAAACUUGGAGGAUAUGUCCGAUGUCAAUUUACCGAAGCUUGCAUCUAAGAUCAAAUCCGCCUUGCGAGCAGUCUGGAAGGAGAAUACGACGGAUAUGUUUGACUUGGGUAUCGACGCGGAGAUCAAACGUGUCGACGACCUAGCAGAGCGAUUUGGUGGCACUCAGAGCCUACGCAAUGCAUUCGAACCUAUCUUAAGUGCAAUCAUUCUCGCAUUAGAUGCUCCGGCAGUGUUUAUGCGAACUAAAGCCCUUCGAUCUCUCGGCUUGAUAGUCACAAAAGAUUCCUCUAUACUGAAGCAGGCACGAGCCAAUGUGCGCAGAGCCAUUGAAAAUCAUUUGAUGGAUAGUUCCCCGCAAGUACGCGACGCAGCCAUAGAUCUGAUCGGGAAAUACCUGGUUCUUUCGCCUGAAUUGGUCGACGAUUACUACCCUCAGAUUGCUAAUCGUAUUGCGGACACCGGUCUGGUCGUCCGAAAGCGGGUUAUCAAGCUCCUCAAGAACUUGUAUGGCUUGACUGACAACCAUCAACGACGCGUGGAUAUAUGCACUAAACUCGUACUGAGGCUAUUUGACGAAGAUGAUGGUAUCAAGGAUCUUGCGAUAAGUACAAUCGAGGAGCUGUGGUUCUGUGAUAUCCCCGAAUCUAACUCAGGCAAGCGAGUAAAUAGUCGGGAAACAGGCACAUCUACGAGUAGAUCUAUGACUGGCAAGAUUUCCGUAAUUAUGGGGGUCAAUGCCAAUUUCCGUGAUCGACAUUCCCCACUGGAGGAUAUGCUACACGAGAUCAUCUCCAGAAAGAACGACAGGGACUCCAGUGCAAUCGUCCGCCAAUACGUUGAUGUAUGCGACGCUUUGACCGACAGCCUAGUCGAUGCCCAGGAGAUUCCAGGCUUUAGUGUUGUCAAUUGUAUUCGGACUGUGCACGUAUUUACUGCUGCACAUCCUACUGUAAUGUCAACACGUAAAGCGGUAGUACUACUUCCAUACCUGAAGAAUGGUUCAACGGGUGACGACCAUGCUAUUGCGGAUUACUUGCUCAAGAUCUUCCGUUCCUGUAUUCCUCGAAUGCCUACGGGGACCUCCAAGUUUGGCACAGAGCUUCAACAGACAUUAGAACCGAUGGUGAUCAAGCCAGUAGGAAUGGCUGGUGUAGCGGCAUUGCCCGAGACCGUCGCUUGCUUAUGCGCUGUGGUCCAUCACAUUACGCAUGAUUAUCAACGGCUAGUUACGCUCCUACGGUCAUGCAAUAGCCGUUUAGUUCAAAUUUUGAAUAAGCCUCAGCCUUCUCCUCAAGAUAUGGCUACACUAACUAUAUUGGCUUUUAUUGUGUCAUUGCUAGGAGAACACUCCGAUUUCGACAAAAUCCGACAGGAGCAAUCAGCCACCAAAGAUUCAAUAGACUCCAUAGACAACGGUCCGAUCGCGGAGUACAUUUAUGGGCUGAUUCAUAAACUCUACAAGCGAUUUAAUGAUCAGCAAUUGAGGGGACGACUGUUACAAUGUUUUGGAUUCUUGUUUCGUGCCCACCCCAGUCUUAUGACUCGCGAAGAUUCGGCAGAAAUGAUGGACGCUGUUUUUGCUUCGCCGCAAGAAGAAGCACAGGCAAGAUUACUAAAGAUUAUGCAGGAAUUUUUGUUGUCGGAAGCCUCAAAGCAUACACAGGCCGCCGCCAGUAAUAGACCAAAGAAGGCGAGUGCUGUGGACAUGGACGAACUGAUUGGGAAUACAGAUGGGUUCGCCGACUCGGGAGUGAGCUCAGCUAUUAUUCAACGAUAUCUUACUCAGGUCCUAUCCUCGGCACUGUCGCCAAAUCGUCACAUUCAAGCACCAGCGGCAGACAUUUUGAGUUUCACUGUAAGGCAAGGGUUAGCCCACCCUCUUCAGUGCUUCCCGAUCAUUGUGGCGUUAGAAACCAGUCAUGACAACUCCCUUAGCUCACGAGCAUCUAGCCUCCAUACGCUGCUACACAACAAACAUGCCUCGCUGCUCAAUUCUCGCUACUUAGAAUCAGUCGGAAAGUCGCUCGAGUACCAGAAACAACUACAUCCUGGAACUUGGAAAGGAUAUCGCCUUGCUCCGAGUCCAACGGCACUUCUCCACCGAUGGUAUUCACUCGUACGAGAAAAGAGGCAAAGUAAACUAGACUUCCUAAAGUCUUUUUUAAGAGUGUUUGAUGUGGACGUAGCCGUCCUCUCAUGUGCCCAGGAUCAACUCGACCUCGUGCGGUAUAUCGCCGAAAACAUGUCUGCAUUUGAUUACAAGGCGCAAGAAGAGGUGUUGACAGUUAUCCGACACCUUACUCAUGUGUUAUCGGUGGCGGGAAUGCACAUUGUGGAGAUUUUGCAUCAAGAGCGACGGGACAAGGAAACUGUUAUGGAAGUAGACCAACCUACCGAAACAUCCGCGACUAUCGAUAGCUUGUCCCGUGCUCGAGUAGCAACGGUCAUUUCGAUUGUAUUGGUACUCAAGGCUCAUCUCAAGCAUCUGUACGGAAUCACUGAGGAGAAAGCCUCCCGCUUUGUCCCUGGAAAAAAGACAGCCGCUGGGGACAAACCGGCGUCGGCCCGCCAUGGUAGGCCUAUCUCUUGGGAGAGAGUAACAUUUGCGACGCGUAUUGGGAAGACAACUGGGGAUGUCUCCAUACAAGAGGACCAGCUCUUGGAGUUGUGGGCUGAGGAUGGUGUGACAGCUGAGCCAGAUGACUUUGGUGAUUAA